UCUGUUAAAGCAUAUGACAGAGCUUUGGAUUCCUUAAAGAGUUAAUUGAAGAUCUAUAACCAAUAAAGUAGGCAAUACUACACUUUUGAAUCACAGUUAUAAUCAAUAAACUUUGUAUAAUUAUGUGGUAGAUUUGAUUUAUUGAAUAAAACCUCAAAGUAAAUGAAAAAUGAAAAGAUUGCAUAGAAGAAUUUGCCCAGAAGUAUAUUUAUCUCUAUAAAGCAUAAGCAAUGUAGGGCAAAUCAAAAGAAGGGCAUGUAGUCCUAAAAGUAUAUCCAAAACUAAGGGAAAAAAACCUAAUAUUGCUGCAUGACAUGAACUAGGAUAAAUACAGGAGUGAAGGGAGUGAGAGGGGCGGGGCAGGGCCUCGACCUCCUUUCCCCUUGAGAUUGCUUUUAUUGUUUUUUUAUUUUCAUAAUUCUUUGCCCUCUAUAUGAAAUUCUUGGCUUCACCUAUCCAAAUCUAAUACAAGUAUGUAGAACUUCUUGUAAGCAACUCUAUCCAUUAUGCUAAUAUGGAUCUAAUGCAUCCAUGAAGUGUCUGAAUUUUUUUUUAGUUAAAAUGAAGAGACUUCGUGUAAUAUAGUUUGUGUGAGAUCUGAAAGGUAGGUUGAAGGACUUUCUAAAUAAGAAGUUUUACUUUUUAAAAUAAAAUUUGAUAUUGCAAAUCAUUACUUAAUCUGAAGGAUUCCUACAAAAUAAUAUUUCUCUUAAAUUUAUACAAGGUUUUUGUCCGGGUUUGCCUCUCUCUCUGAAAUAGGUAGAGACACCUGUGAAGUAAGAUGUAUGUACAUGGAUUACAAUGCAUAAGUGCAUCUAUGGUUUAAUUUAUGUUUGAAUUAACAUCAAUAAAUUGAUAUAUCUAAGUCCGAUACAAUCUAACCUUAAUCACUCUUCACCAUGUUGUCUAAAGAAAACUUCAUAUGCUAGUGCUUUGUGUAUUACUUAUCUUUCCUUCACCAUUCUCCCAACUAAACAUCAAAUGCAUAAUAGAGAGUGUCUUAGAAUGAUGGAUGUGAAUCAUUGAUUGUGUGGUUGAAGAGCUCUUUUAUUUAUGGUAGCAUAAGUAGGCUUCUAUUAGGAAAGCUAUGCUAUGCCUGUGUUAACUAUUUGAAGAGUUCCUUGAAAAUUAUAAAUGGCGUGCAUGCCGUGCACUUGUUGUCCAUUUGAAGAGCCAAUUGAAAAUUAGGGAAUCACAUGCAUGUUAUGCACGUGUUUUCCAUUUGCGAAAGCCAAAUAUGGCUGCACUUUGUGUGAAUGUGUAAUGUUACACGAGUUAGUAGAUGCUUCCUGAUUUAAAACUUACAAAUUCAACUAACUUCAUUCAUUCUUUUAUGUGUGCGUUACACGCGCGUAACGCACAUAUCUUCCUGGUUUUGAUAAGAGCAACUAAACAGCUGUAUUACUUGGAAGUUUAUAUAUGCUAUUAAAUAGGGAAUCUGAGAAAUUUGCUGUAAAAGGAAAAAAAUCCAAGGUAAUGAAGGACUUAUUAAUAUUUCUAAGGGGAAUAAUAAAUGAGUGCAUUUGGAAAGUGGUCUUGCUUUAAGGCAGUGACAUUAUAUAAGCUGCAGUUGUAAGGUUCAGCCAUAACCUACACUAAGUUUAAGAAGCAUCCUUUAAGAAAACAUACUUUCCUGCCAAUGAGUUCUCAGGGUGUGAGCAGUGGUGAAGGAGGAAAUGAUUUUUUUGAAAACUUGACAACCCUUGAUCUCAACAAUGAGUUUCCAAGGUCUGAAAGGACAACAGGUGAAACUUAUGUGCCUGAUCCCAUGGGUCCAACUAAUCCAGGUGAUAUGCUUUCUUCACCAACCGAAGAGAAUGCAGAGGCCGUGGAAAAAAACAGUCCAGCUAUGAUAUUUUUGCCUUCACAAUCAACCAGGGAAGUGUUGAAUGAAAUGAUAGAUGCUACCAACAAUGGAGUUGCACUAACUGGUGCUGCAGCCACUGGAUCAAUGGGACCACUUAUUGGAAAAGUGGAAAUUGGUGAAUUGAAGGAUUCAUACUAUUUCCGUGUUUCCCUUCCUGGGGUAUCCAUGGAUAAAAGAGAAUUCAAUUGUGUGAUUAGAGCAGAUGGUAAGGUUACAAUACAGGGUAUACUGACUACGGGGGAGCAGAUAGUAUCCAACGAAUCUGGAGUCUUUCGUAUGCUGACACAAAAUCUAGGCCCACCGGGACCCUUCACCGUCUCAUUCCGGCUACCUGGUCCGGUCAAUAACCAAGAAGUGAAGAGUCAUUUGGCUUGCGGAUUUCUUGAAGCCAUUGUGAAGAAGAUGUAAUUGGGAAAUGUUAGAAAACCAGUGACUGCCCUUUAUUUUCUUUUCAUUUCUUUCCCUUGCAUCCAACUCAGUAGUAAUAUGUUAUAGGCUUUUAAGCAUUUCUAAAAUCAUAAAAUGAACUUGGUGUUUGAACUUUAA